UACUUUUCAGCAAACAACGAUUCGGAACAACAGGCCAAAUUUGUAGCGAGUUUUCGUGGAUAAAUGUACACUAGGUAACGGUAUCAAUUGUGCAUAAUGAGUAACAAACUUAUUAGAAAAUGUACGGGGCCGCGUCUGUCGCACGUCGAAUAUAAACGGCCAAAAAGUUUCGAAAUGAAUCUAAUAUCGGAAAUAAAAAAGAAACCGCAGCUCCAAACGAUUGCUAGAUUCAAAGGGCAAAACAAUCGUAGGGAAGUGAUUGAAGCUUGGGGCGAAAUAAGCAGAACGUUGGGUGUACCAGCACAUGUGUGUAGAAAUCGUUGGAAUAAGUUAUUGGUAGCAUUUGAUAACCAACGCGCCAUGCGGGAGUUGAAAGAUGGCCAUAAAAUACGUCCCCUAAAUUGGCCCUACUACGAUCAUAUGACUUUUUUGUUGAAACGCAAGCAUCUGUUUCGUUCUCAGAAAACAGACGAUACCCUGGAAGUAAGUGUUGAAGAUUCAAAGUUUGAAACCAAAACUGAACUGGUAGAGUCACCGAAAGUACCAAACCUACCAGACGGGGACGAGCGUGUAGAAAGUGUAGAAGACCCGAACAUAUUUCAGGAAGUAGCAGAGCAACCUUUGCCAGCACGUAACCACGCUAUAACACUCGAGACAACACGUAAAGAAGAGCAACCAUUGCUUCGCAUCGCAAGAGUAUGUAGUAUGCAGGGAGGAACCGUCACGACAGAACCAUUCACAAUCACCGACAAUUAUCCAUCUCCUGCCCAGUUUGUCCGAUCAUUCACGGUGGAUAAUCACGACGAAGGCACGUCGCAUACAUACGAUGGUGGUUCGCAUUUGUCAUGCCGGGCCGUCGAUUCAAACGAACAAUUUCUUAUGAGCUGUUACACCACCAUGGAACGUCUGUCGAGAAGGCGAAAUGCACUCGUACGAUUGAAAAUACAGCAGCUCAUGUACGACGCAGAGUUUGCAGAUGAUUUUGAAACACGCCAUUUUGCGAAUAAUCGCUAACAUCAUCAAAACAUACCAAAAACUUAAUUGGGCCGCAUUCCUAGAUAUGAGGGGCCUUCAUAACACCAUCCUUGGUGCGGUUAGGAUAAAAGAAAUGACGAACAAGACGUAUGCGUCUAAUUUUUAGAAGCUUCCAGUUAUAAUUUUCAUUCACGUGCCAUACUUGAGUUAAUCACGUGUGAAAGUUUAUUAACUCAAAACUUCUACACACAGAAGCAAAAUGUAACGGGUUCUUCACGUAUGACGCAUAUUGUCUGUUUGGUUGAUCCGGUUGAUAGGUUUCUGGCAAGGAUUAACACCUAUUUUUGUAUAUAUUUUCCCAAACACAACAAUGUUACGCACACUAACUGAUCGAUCGAUGACUAGUGACAUGCGAUCGUGUUGUGUCGCUGCGUGAUAUGUUGAUACUUAAUUGUACGUUAAUCAUUACGACAUCGAUGACGGUGUGAUUAGCGCCGCGUAAGUUAGAUAAGGAAGGGACGAAGAAAUUUUUGAAUGUAUUAUGCGAUGGACGAUGCUACUUGCAUUGAAGUUUUUUAAGUGUAUUAAAAAAAUACUAGGAAACAACAAUAGAGAUACUAGAUGAAACAUCUCCUCGUAGUAGGGUUGAACAACAAAUUUGUACUCCUUCACAUGCAUUUACAACCAGACAAAUAUCAAACAAUAAAACACAACAAAUGUACAAAUGUAUAUGUAAAUUUAAAUUUUUACUGUAGAAACUUAAAAGGUUUAAAAAUGCGCCGUUACGCAAAUCUAACGCAACUAAAGCAGAUGGUUUUCCAAAAAAAAACGCAUUUUCCAAACAUGUACAAUAGAAAGUUAUCAAAAAACCGCUUCAAAAUGUCUGAAACUCACGUGCAUGCGAAUUAACACCAGUUUAGUCUAUCCAUCUCACACACAACCUGUUUACGACGUCUGGUAGAUCAUAUGAUCAUUUUGCUAUAUAAGAUCCUCGAUCGUUCCACAUGUUCCGAUCAGUUGUCCGUCCGGUGCUAGCUGUUCGGGAGUGUGCAGGCAGACAUCUCGUGGGCCAAAAAUGGCUGUUUCGAAACAGUUAGGAUUAGUGCUUUUGGUGGUGUUUGCUGUUGUGGUGUGCCCUGUAAAUGCAAUUCGUUGCUACACCUGUAAUUCCAACGACAACUCAGAAUGCUUGCAACCACCGACGAGCUUUACUGACGAGGAGUACCGGGACAAUCGAUCCGUACCGGCCCGACUGCUUGUGGAAUGUCCACCAGAUAAGCAAGGCCGUGAAGCGUUCUGCAGAAAGAUGAACUUGUUAGUGAUCGGUGGAAGCGUACCGGAUCAUACGCGGAUAGUACGUGAGUGUGGUUACGAACGGGGACGUCGACCAUGCGCUGGCAUGGACAAUGGUGGCCACGAGGAAUAUGUGUGCCAAUGUUUCACCGAUGCCUGCAACGAAGGAUCCCGGAUCACUAUUGCUGGAAAGCUAUUUGUGCUUAUCCCCACGGGACUGUUGUUAGGUUCCAUGCAACGCACACUAGGAUCGUUGCUAGUGCUGUAACUAUCCCAAUAGCAGGAAAGCAAGAAAGAAAACAUACUCCGUACCGUUCACACUGCUCCAAGCGCGCUACUUGGAUGGAAUAAAUUUGCACCACACGCGGUGCCAGAUUGGCUCGAUCGAGACGGAAUCUAAUUUGACUUUUGCGUUUGGUUUGUGACGAGGACAAUCACGAAGAUUUCCACAUUCGCAGUUUCUACGCACACAAGCGUAAGCGUAAGCGAAGCGACCAAAAAUGGGAACCGGAAAAUGGAAUGUGAGCGACACAAGAACGUCUCAUCAGCAAUUCAAAUCGGUUU